CACAGAGUAAACGUUUUACAAGAGUUAAUAGAAAAUAUUUUAACGGAUCAAAAUGGUCAAUAAUAGUGGUGGUUGUUUCCCAGCCCAUUCAGUGAUAACCUCUAAAUUAAAGAAAUAUUUAGAGGAUCUUAAAGAAGGCGAUAAAGUAUUGGCUUGGAAUGAUAAAGGUGAUUUAGAAUUUACUGAAGUUUGGGCUCGGACCCACCAUGUUAUUAAUGAAAAAUCAGAUUACAUUCAGUUGGAAACAACCACAAAAAGGUUGGUCCUUAGUCACCGACAUUAUGUCUUGGUGAAAACCGGGGAGGAGAAAUCCGAAUUCAAGAUGGCUAAAGAUGUUCAGAUUGGGGAAACUUUGAUAACGAUGGCUGAUGAUAAAACUGUGAUUGAAGAACCAGUUGUAAAUAUAGAUGAAGUCGAAGAAGAGGGCAUUUACAACGUUUUUACAAAAUCUGGCAGAAUUAUUGUAAAUGGUAUAUUCUGUUCCACAUACGCAGAAGUAGAACCAAAUCUGGUCCACAAAACAAUGGCCCCCUUCCGUACUGCAUAUGAUUUGGCCCCGAAAUGUGUCAUGAAGAAAAUAAUGACCCCAAAUAAGGAAGGCAAACCCCAUUUAUUUAAAAUUGGAGGUGACAUUCUUAAACCAAUCGUAUCUUCAGUUCAAAAUUGAAAUGGAGAUAAUUUGCUGUGCUUGUAUAUUUAGUAUUUUGUAUGUUUUCUUUUAUAAUCAUGAUUUAAUCUGUCAAAAGAGUGGUAAUAUAGGUAAUAGCUUGUUAUCCAACCUCUUCAUCUUUUGUGUGUGAAUACAGUAAUUUUUUUACAAAAAAAUAUUUUUGUAUAUGCUUUUUAUAAGAUAGUCGCAUGGCGCCUCUAUAAUGGCUUAUUUUUAAUAGUUUGAAAAAUUACGCCUACUUAUCAAAGUCACCUCCACUUGAUUCUGGAUGAAUUUUUUUUUUAACCGUCACUAUAUUAAACACUUAAAAUAUUGACGUUUAAAUUUUGUUUUGGCCAGAAUCAAGUGCCUGUGGUGAAAGUCUCGAUUUUAUGGUCGACAUCACAAAUGAUACAUCAUUCAAUAAUUAAUAGUUCCUAAUAUUUAAAUUAGCAACCGUUUCAUGUGUUUAACAUACAGUCUUGCAAAAUAAACUUCAUAGGUGGUAAAUAUAUUGGUCUCCUUGUUAUUUACUACUUGUAUGAGUGGCGGGCCUCGCUUUAGCCCCUCCACUUUCAAAAUUUUUUAAUCAAUUUACACAGUGAAAGUAUAGCCUCUGUCCCCCUGGAAAAUGUUGUGGCCCCUGUUCGGCCCUCAACUAUUUUUUUCAAGAAACACCACUGCUCGGUAUUUACACCUAUUACAUCAAUUCAUCUAUAUAUAAUUUAAUGUAUAUUGUAAUUUCUAUUGAAGUUUCUAUCAGAAAUACUGAAAUCUUCAUUAUCACCUUUUAUAUCAUGUUUAGUUAUCUUAUAAUAAAACGUAAUUUAACUUUUC